AUGGCCGUCGCACGCUCCUUCCGCCGUACCAAUCCCAUCACUCUGGUCCUGGCCGGUCUCUUGACUUUCGGCUUCCUCAUCUUCAUCUUCUCCUCAACAGAUGCUGGUCCCGCCCUACAUGUCCCCGGUGCGCGACAACUGCUCAAGUCAAAGAUGCCCGCCUCCAAUGCCCUCUCUCCGCCCUCGCUCCCCUUCUUCAAGUCGAAUCUCAAGGCCGGCGAAAAGGCUCCUCCUCCGCCAGUUGUCCACUACCACAUGAACAACGUUACAAACACCCCGGACCCUAUUGGCAACCGCGAGAGUGUCCUUAUCCUCACUCCGCUCGCCCGCUUCUACGAAGAAUACUGGACCAACCUCGUUGCUCUGUCGUANCCCCACGACCUCAUCAGCUUGGGCUUCAUCAUCCCCAAGGGCCGUGAGGGUAACGCUGCGACAGCUCAGCUUCAGGAACAAAUUGCCAGGACCCAAGCAGGCAGCAAGCGCUUCGCUUCCAUUACCAUCCUCCGUCAAGAAGACGAGCCUCCGCUCACCUCGCAGGCAGAGCACGAUCGCCAUGCCAUGUCUGCUCAGAAAGAGCGCCGCGCCGCAAUGUCGCGCGCAAGAAACGCCCUCCUUUUCACAACCCUCGGUCCCACCACUUCAUGGGUCCUCUGGCUCGACUCGGACAUUGUCGAGACUCCUCACUCGUUGAUUCAAGAUUUGGCCGCCUUUGACAAGCCCAUCAUUGUUCCCAACUGCUUCCAGCGUUUCUACGACAAGGAGAAGGGCGCCAUGGAUGUUCGACCUUAUGAUUUCAACAGCUGGAUUGACAGCAACACUGCCCAGAAUCUGGCCUCUAAGAUGGGACCCGACGAGAUUCUGCUCGAGGGCUAUGCCGAAAUGGCCACAUAUAGAAGUUUGAUGGCAUAUAUGAGCCGUACGUCGGCCCCUGGAAACAACAAAAGCAAUUGGCUAACAAGAUUCACAGAUCCCGGUGGCAACCCCAAGGACAUUGUCAACUUGGAUGGUGUCGGUGGAACAGCGUUGCUCGUCAAGGGCGAUGUUCACAGAGACGGGGCCAUGUUCCCGCCGUUCCCCUUCUACCAUCUCAUCGAGACGGAAGGAUUUGCAAAGAUGGCCAAGCGGCUGGGAUGGAGCAGUUGGGGAGUGCCCAACUACUUUGUAUACCACUACAACGAGUAA